UGAACUGUUCUGAUCUAUGUGCAGAUAGUCUGUGCUGUGACUUAAGAAAGUGGCCACAUUCAUUUAAACUUAGUGAAUUUCUCUAUAUUGUAAGGCUUGUCUAAAGAACAAUGAACAUUCUGUUUUGAUGGAGUAAUCAUGGUAAUGGCUUGUCAGGCGAUUUUUUUUAAUUAGAUAAAAAUCUUUAUCGAGAUCCAUAAUGUCACGCCUUGAUAAUAUGGACGCCUUAGAAAAGCAAUUAGCAGAACUACAAAUGGCAAAGGAUCAGAGUUCACCCGGAAAAGUGAAAAAGAUACCACCAGCUGUGCCACCUAAGAAAAAGGCUCAACCACAAGUUCCUCGUAGUGCUGCCGUUAACACUGUACGUGAGCCCUCUUAUUCAUCUAAAAUAUCACCUGUACAAAACAAUGUAAUACCGCCACCACCACCACCACCUCCACCAACGUAUAGUAACGUACCACGGCAUCCUAGUAAUAUUCAUCCAAUGCAUAAAGAUUAUGCAAACAUCACACAAUUGUCGCUUCACAGCCACCCAUUCAAGCAAAACUCAUCCAUGCCCACUAAAGGGUAUACACCUAUGUACAGUAAUGUGGUACCACAAUAUCAGUACAAUAAUCCACCUCCACCACCACCUCCUGCCCUUCAUAUCUCACCACCUAAGUCAUUUGAUUCUAAUCAUAAUAGUGAAGAAUAUAUACCACCACCCUCACCUGUCAGUUCUAAUUAUAGUGAAUUAAUGAGAGCUACUAUGAACUUUAAUCAGGACAGACCAUCUUAUCCUGCAAUAUAUCAAAAUGAAUAUCCAGAGUAUGGAGUAUCACAAGCGUCAACAUAUGAAUCACUUUAUGAACCUAUUAAUCCAAACCCAGCUAUGAAUGUGGGACAAGCCAAUAACAAUCAAACUUAUAAAAGUACCCUGAUACCAGCUGGAAAAUCUCCACUGCCAAAGGAGGAAGAAGUUGAUGCACUUACUAGUAUGUUAGUGCAGUCCAUAAGUGACAGUCAAGAUUUAGAUGUUUUUGGUACAUGUAUUAAAUGUGAGCAAAGGGUGGUUGGUGAAAGUUCUGGCUGCACUGCCAUGGGUAAUGUAUACCAUGUCAAAUGUUUUUGUUGUCAUCGCUGCAAUAUGAACUUACAGGGAAAACCAUUUUAUGCAGUGGAAGGAUAUCCUUAUUGUGAAAUAGAUUACUAUGAAACUUUGGAAAAAUGCUCAGUGUGCAACAACCCAAUUUUAGAUAGGAUUUUGAGAGCUACAGGUAAACCAUAUCACCCCACAUGUUUCACUUGUGUUGUGUGCGGUAAAAGUCUUGAUGGUGUACCGUUUACAGUAGAUGCAAUGAAUCAGAUCCACUGUAUUGAAGAUUUCCAUAAAAAAUUUGCUCCACGCUGUUGUGUAUGUGAGUUACCAAUAAUGCCUGAGGAAGGAGAAGAAGAAACUGUAAGAGUAGUGGCUUUAGACCGAAGUUUCCAUGUGCGUUGUUAUAAAUGCGAGGAUUGUGGCCUAGUACUGUCAUCAGAAGCUCAAGGACGCGGAUGUUACCCACUUGAUGGUCACAUUCUGUGUAAAGCUUGCAACGCUCAUCGUAUACGUCUUCUCACUAAUGUAAUGACAACAGACCUGUAAAUGUCUAUGAUGCCUGGGAUGUUUUAUACUAUACUAGCUACCUAUCCCAACUUAGCUAAAGUAUCCACAGAUUUUCAGCUAUAUUUUAAACCUUAUUAUUUUAUCAAUUUCAUCUUUUUUGAUUAGGAGUUAAUUUUUGAAGAUAGUAUUGGGAACUUAAUGUAUUUAUUUAAGAGCAACAUUUCCACAUACAUUUUUUUAUACAGAUCUAACAGACUGAGCAGCAUUUGCGCAUGCUCUUGGGUAGUGUGAUAUUUGCAGACUUUUUUGACAAUCAUAGCAUAAUUUAGUCAGUUUCCAUUAAACCUUUACAAUUUAUACACCUAAAUCUCAAUCUGUUUGUAAAAGCCAUAUGAAAAUCCAUUCAGUAGUUUCUAAGAUUACUGUGAACAGGUAUAAAAUCUUGACACAGGGGAUUUGUUUCAUAAUUAGUAGUAACUAUAUACAUAUAUGAUAUUUUAUGUAGCUUUCUAAUGCCUAUAUUAUAAUAUAUUGCAGUUCAAGAAUUUUGCCAUUACAUUUGUUAUUAGUUCUAAGAAUUAUAUUUAUCAUUUAUGUGUAAGUGUUUAUGUUGUAAAGAUAUUAGAUAUAUUUUGACAAAUGUUUUAAAUAUCUUCUAAGAAGUACAGUAAAACCUGCAUAUAAAAAUAUUUUUGUAUACAUAUUGUAAAAAUUACAAGACUGAUGUGGACUGUAUGAAUUAAGUAUAUUGUUUGUAUCAAAAUCCAAAAUUAAUCAACAAUUUAAAUUGUGAUAUUAUAUACAAAUAUUUUAAGAUAAACAUAUAUAAUAUACAAUAUAGAUUAGGUACAUAUUAUAU